AUCUAUUCCAUUCCGUGUUGUAGCCGUACUCCUAUAAUACAUCCAUGAAUGUAGGGGUCAACGCUUACUAUAGCGAGGUGCUACUGAUGUGAAGCUAUGCUAUGCUCUACCAGACCAGACUGAAGUGAUGAUUCAGUUUGCCAAAUAUUUAUCAGUUACUUAUCAGUGUCAUAGUCAAAUAGAAAACAACGUCGCGAACGACAAAACUGAAACAACAGCGAGGUACGUCAACAUUGAUAUGUCUGCGGCUUCCAGCAGCAGGAACAGUCCCUGAUUAGUAUGCUGGACGUGGGCAAGUGGCCAGUGUUUGCUCUCCUUCCUCCUGAGGAACUGCAACUCAUCCGACAAGCUUGUGUCUUUGGCAGUGCUGCAAAUGAAGCCCUCUAUGUCACAGUUAAUGAUGAGGUCUUUGCUCUGGGCACUAACUGCUGUGGCUGUUUAGGGAUUGGGGACCUUCAAAGCACUAUUGAGCCUCGCAGGAUUGAUGCCUUGUGUGGAAAGAAGAUUGUGUCCCUAAGCUAUGGAACCGGACCACAUGUGGUUAUCGCCACUGCAGAUGGAGAGGUGUUUGCUUGGGGCCACAAUGGCUACAGUCAAGUGGGCAAUGGGACCACUAACCACGGGCUGACCCCUGCUCUGGUGUCCACCAACCUCAUUAGCAAGAGAGUGAUAGAGGUGGCCUGUGGCUCCCACCAUACUAUUGCCCUCACAACUGAUGGAGAGGUAUAUGCAUGGGGUUACAACAACUCAGGCCAGGUUGGUUCGGGCUCUACUGCCAACCAGCCGACACCACGUCGCGUCAGCAGCUGCCUGCAGAGCAAAGUGGCAGUUAACAUAGCCUGUGGUCAGCUCUGCUCUAUGGCUGUGCUGGACAAUGGGGAGGUCUAUGGUUGGGGCUACAAUUGCAAUGGACAGCUAGGACUGGGCAACAAUGGAAAUCAGCAGACCCCAUGUAGGAUCGCAGCUCUCCAAGGUGUCACCAUUGUCCAGGUUGCCUGUGGAUAUGCACAUACAUUGGCACUUACAGAUGAAGGGUUUGUUUAUGCCUGGGGAGCCAACUCAUACGGGCAGUUGGGAACAGGCAAUAAGACUAACCAAGCUCUCCCGACUCCAAUAAACACAGAUAAGGAGAGGAUGGUGGAGGUGGCUACAUGUCACACCAGCCACACGUCAGCUGCCAAGACCCAGAGCGGGCAGGUUAUGAUGUGGGGUCAGUGUCGAGGUCAAGCUGUGCUCAGCCCCCACCUCACACAUUUUAGCAGCACUGACGAUGUGUUUGCCUGUUUUGCCACGCCUGCAGUCACGUGGCACCUCCUGUCCGUAGAUGCUGACAACUACCUAACUGUUGCCCAGUCUUUGAAGAAGGAGUUUGACAGCCCAGAGAUUUCAGACCUGAAGUUCUUGGUUGAUGGGAAGUGCAUCCAUGUUCACAAAGCCCUGCUGAAAAUCAGGUGUGAGCAUUUUCGUGCACUGCUGAACGAAACAGAUGACAAUGCCAUAGAAAUUCACCAGUUCUCAUACCUGGUGUAUAGAGCCUUCCUGGAGUAUCUCUACACAGACACUAUUAACCUGCCACCAGAGGAUGCUGUUGGGUUGCUAGACUUAGCUACAUUCUACCGAGAGACGAGGCUGAAGAGGUUGUGCCAGGAAGCAAUCAAAAGAGGCAUCUCUGAGGAGAAUGCCAUCACUCUGCUCUCUGCUGCUGUCAAGUAUGAGGCGCGGGACCUGGAGGAGUUCUGCUUCAAGUUUUGUGUCAACCAUCUAACAGCUGUCACGCAGACCCAGGCCUUUGCAGACAUGGACCACGACCUGCUCAAGAACUUCAUUAGUAAAGCCAGCCGCUCCGGGGCCUUCAAAAACUGACUAGUGUCCCUGUAGUGAUGGAUUCAGCACUGUGAGGAUUUAGCUCAAUGAGUUCCUUAGAGUCCACUCUAGACCAAAGUAAAGGCUGAUCGGUAUGUCACAGCUGGGGAUGUAAACACUGGAGAGGCUAGCUGAUAUUUCUGUUACAGCCCUAAAAUAAGCUCAAACACACUGAAUAAUGGGUUACACCACUAGUCAGAGUGCACCAUGUAAAGGCCAUAUAGAAGGAGGUAUCACAGCAGUUGUGUUUGUCCAAUGGACAGUAAGCCUGGCUAAUUCAGUGUCUCAUCUGUGUGAGGGGAUUUCCUCACAGUAUGAACCAGCUCCGACAGAAUGCCUGAAAAUGCUGAAUACUGAACAUAAUUCAUCGUAAAAUAAGGGAUUGGCAUUGAAGUUAGUCAUUUUUUUUUUAUCAUACUGCCCUUUAUUAGUAUAUAAAACAAAUACACGAUGUUUCUAUUGUCCUGUAUUACGCUGUCUAAAUUAGCAGUGUCAGGAAGGGAUCAGCAACAGGUCAGCCAUGAGCUGAACCAUCACACUCAAUGGGCUAAAAACAAGGCAACUGCACUUUGUUUAUUUUGGGUAUUUCGUAUCUCACUAAUUAUAAUGUCUUUUCUCUUGCAUAAGUAAAGUUCUGCCCCUUUGUUUGAUGUUAUAGUUAUUAGCCUUUGCCAUCCAUCCAUCAAACAUUAACUUACUGUUUGUUUGUACUGACUAACACUAGCACUGUUGCUUUGCCCACCGUCAGCAGACUGAGAAAAAGCUGCAGCCAGUUGCACUUUUAUUUACCUACUGACCGUUUACCUAUGGUCAAAUUAACCCUCUCUGUGCAGGACAGUGUCUGAGUUACACAAGCAUAUCGAUUCCUGUGUAGCCUUUUGAUGAUGUCACUGUAGAGCCAGCUCAUUUUUACAGAUGUGUUUCAUUGCAGUUUGGUGUGUUUACAGAAGUUUUUUUUUUUUUUUUUUUUUUAGUUAAUGUGUUGGCAACAAGUGUUUCUUUGUUUCUCCUCUGGUUGCACCAUGUAGUAAUUCAAGUAGUGUUGGCAGACUGGGUUGAAUAUGGCCAAGGUAGGAUCACUAGGUCUUUAAAUGUUGUUGCCUGUUGUUACAUAAAAUUCAUUAAUCAUCUAAAUUGAAUAUAUCAAAAUGCUUUUCUUUUACCAAACUAGUUAUUGUAGUUUUUUGGGACAUUUUGAUGAUAAAAAAAAAAAAAAAACUGUUCUCAUUUUGCAUGGAGAAUGUUAACAUUUGACAGUCUAAGAUGUAGUAAAAUGAAUAACUACAUAAUGUUGUAUGUGUUGUUACGAUGAUUGGCCGUCUGUUAUGGAAUCAUUUGAUAUACAUGAAUAUGCAGUGUACUGUAAAAUACUGAGGAAAGUGUUCAGCCUAGGACAGCACUGUGUCUGGACAAAUGUACAGCUACAAAGCACAAACAGUGUAACUGUGCUUUCCCAGUAGAAGAUCUAAGCCACCAAAGGGAAAUUCACCGUCUCUGAAUAUCACUACAUGCUGACGCGUUUUUGUGAUGCUGACGCGUUUUUGUGAUGCACACCUGCUCAGUAAUCACAGUGCGUUUGUUUUUCAUAUCUGUGUCAUCAAGUGCUUUCACUAAAAACGUAAAACAUCA